UCUAAAAACAUCUAAGAUGUCACCAGCCACUUGGCUAGUAAGUUGAAAAGUUAGUGUUGAGCCCUGCAACGGUAUAAAUUAUGUAUCAUCAUUUGUCCAAAUUAAAGUAUUUUGGCCUGUUUAACUGAGCACUACAAAAUGUUACAGUGAUACCCUCCACCCAUGGGUAAUGGUAAAUUGUUUGUGAAACAGGACAAAGUGGUAUCUAGUAUCUGUCCAGGAAGAUUGGUGUACUGUUAAGAAAGCAAAUUGUCCAACGCUUUGGCAGCUUGAUCAACUUGGCUCAUCUUUUGUGCCCCUGUUUUUCAAAUACUGCUCAAAUCUUUGAUGAUCCUCAAUCCUUCGGAGAUCUCGAUGGUGUGAGCAUGUGCUCUUAAUUCACAUGGGUGAUAAUUACGCAAGGAGUGAUUAUGGGAACAUCUGUCAAGCUACCUAAAUACAGGAAUCAGUUUAUUUAUCCAAUACCUAUUGCAGGUGAUCUUGGGUAAAGUGCAGAAGUUUCCAUCAAAUUUGGAUGAAAAGUUACAGAAGCAAGUAAUGGAUUGUAGUGAUGGUUUACUGACAGCAGUUGGAGACACAAUGUGUGCCCAUGACUUCUAUGAAGGCCAAGGAAGACUGGAUGGUGCCUUCUGUGACUACACACUUGAAGAUAAACUCAAGUUCCUGCAGAAGAUCUAUGAUGCUGGUGUGCGCAACAUAGAGAUGGAAAGUGUUUGCUUUGCAUCCAUGUGUAAUCGUGCUGGUGUCCCAGCGGCCAUACUAUGUGUUACACUAUUGGACCGUCUCAAAGGGGAUCAGGUGGAAUUGACACCAAAGCAACAUGAGGACUUUCAGAUGAGGCCUCCCAGGCUUGUGGCCAGAUUCAUCAAGAAAAUGUUAGCAGAGCAAAGCAACAGCUGCGAGUUUCAUCCGAGGAAACGAAAAAAGGCUUACUAAUCAUUUCACAAUCACAUCAUCCUUGAUGAUUUGAGUCUCAUGUUGCUGGGGUGACUUGAGAUCACUUGUUAAGAAUUUUUUGAAAGGCCUCCUUCAGUUAAGUGAAUUUUAUUGAAAUGGAAAGCGUAAUCAUGAUAGAGAAGCAAGGAAUUGUAAGGUGUGAUGCAUGUAAUGCACCUCUGCAUAACUGAGGGAUACAUAUCUUCAUUAAGGGCUUAGUUAUUUAACUAGAGAAGCACUAAAAUUGCAGGUCAAUUUUUUUGGCAAUGGGGCAAGCCAUAUUCCCCUUGGAAUAGUUCUUUGACUAUACUUUUCUAGAGUAUAAUGUAAUAAUAUAUUUCUGAUAUUUUAAUGUGAGGAGGUAAAUAAAUAUAGUUAUUUAGUUAUUUACACAUUUUAAUUAACUCAAUGGACAAAUUUAUUUUCAUUUAGGUUUGAUAAUGUAGAUCAUUGUUACUUGUUGUAAAUGCAUUGUUUUCAUAUUGCAGGGAUAAAUGUUUUAUAGAGUGUGGUUUGUAUGGUGAAUAAAAAGUACAAGGACUGAAUAAAGCAUGAAAAAAACAAGUA